AUGCCAACCGCUGUGGGGAAGACAAGACAGGCCACAAUAACUGAGACCUGGCUCAAGACUGGCCCCUGGCGGCCACCAGAGCUGUGGUCUGCAAUGGAAUGGACUGGCGAGGACAAGCCAGGAGCUCUAGCCACGUGGUGCUUGGGCCCAGAACCUUGCGACCUCGUUGUCAUCUAUGAGAAGGUGCCCAUGUGCUUGCAUCUGGGGCACAGGGAGAAUCGUGGGGAGCUGGUGCAGGGUGCGGGCAAGAGGCGGGAGGAGACUGAGGCCUUCUCUCCAGCCCCCACGGCCAUGGCCUUCACCCCAGUGCCACUGGAGGAUACAUCUUCACACCCCCAGUUCUGCAAGUGGCCAUGUGAGUGCCCGCCGUCCCCACCCCGCUGCCCGCUGGGGGUCAGCCUCAUCACAGACGGCUGUGAAUGCUGUAAAAUGUGUGCUCAGCAGCUUGGGGACAACUGCACAGAGGCAGCCAUCUGUGACCCCCACCGGGGCCUCUACUGCGAUUACAGUGGGGACCGCCCGAGGUACGCAAUAGGAGUGUGUGCACCGGCCACGGGUGAGGUGGAGCCGUGGCACAGGAACUGCAUAGCCUACACGAGCCCCUGGAGCCCUUGUUCCACCAGCUGCGGCCUGGGGGUCUCCACUCGUAUCUCCAACGUCAACACCCGGUGCUGGCCUGAGCAGGAAAGCCGCCUCUGCACCCUGCGACCCUGCGACGUGGACAUCCGUCCACACAUCAAGGAAGGGAAGAAGUGUUUGGCCGUGUACCAGCCCGCGGCAUCCAUGAACUUCACCCUCGCCGGCUGCACCAGCACGCGUCCCUACCGGCCAAAGUACUGUGGGGUGUGCACAGACAGCAGGUGCUGCAUACCCUACAAGUCCAAGACCAUCGACGUCUCCUUCCAGUGUCCCGACGGGCCUGGCUUCUCCCGCCAGGUCCUAUGGAUCAACGCUUGCUUCUGCAACCUGAGUUGUAGGAAUCCCAACGAUAUCUUUGCCGACUUAGAAUCCUACCCUGACUUCCCAGAAAUUGCCAAUUAG